UAAAAGGAGCUCUACCCCGUCCCAAGAUGGCGGCUCUGUUGACGCAUUCGCUCCCAUAGACGGCUGUAUUCAACGCGACAACCAGUGCUGCUGCCUUCUGCAGGUUGGCGAAGAUGCGAAGGGAAACCGAGCAUCAGAUGAAGGUCCACUUGUUCUACCAGCAGCUCCUGAGCGAAUCUGUGUGGGGGCCACUGGACCUGCUCAGUCUGGUGGCAGCAAGCGUCUCGAACCCAUCUGACACAAUCUUCUGGAAGGCAGCCCUCUUGUUGCCAAGUGAUCAUGAAAGAGAUGCCAGUGUUGCUAACCAGAUUUUGACAGAAUGGCUGGAGUCCAAAUUCGGUAACUCGGAGAAGCAAGAACACAGGGAGAUGGUCCCCAACGGACACAUGCAAACCUUGAGCAUCAGCAGCGGCCUGCGGAGCGUGGGGGAGCGCAUGCACACAGUGCACGUGUGUGUGAAGGUGGCCCGCGGGCCCCUCAGCGAGGAAGGCCAGUUGGCAUUGGAGAAGCGGAAGGGGCUGAUGGGCAUGGGCGCCCUGCUGAUGCUGCUGCCCUCGGCAGUCAGUCCCGGGGCUGAUGAGGAAGACGGGGACAUCUUCCUGUUAUCCGCCCUGCUGCAACUCCGGCAGAUCCAGCAGGCUAAUGCCUGGCCACAGGCCCUUCCUCUGGUGGUGGUGGUCCCAGGGCAGGCUGGGCACAGGGCCAGCGAUGAACGGCUAGAGGAAGACCUGAUGCUUCAGACACUCAUUGAGGAAGGUUUGAUUUCAGAGUACAUGUUCGUCCAUAUCCCCGAGACCACGAACGAACCCCAAGGAUCCGAGCAGAUCCGCCAUGCCGUCAGGUGGCUCGCUGCCCGCUCCACGGCACCAGCCCGGCUCGUCUCGCAGACGUUGGUGCAGGUUGUGGAGGCCGGGCUCUGCCGCGAGUUUGCUGGUAGGCUUCACCGUGAUCGGAGGGACCGUGACAUGGCGGGACUGCCCUUCCAGGGCCCUGCACCCGUCAUCGGCCUCUACAACACUGUCCUGGCUUUCUUGGCUGGCCUUGUGUCGUCCCCGAGUCUGGCUGGCCUCUCCUGGCCCGUGGCAGAGUUCUUGGUGCCAGGGGGUGGUGACUGCCUACCACAUCUGCUCUGGAACUCGGCUGAGCACCUGGAGUGGCUCCAGGGGGCAGUCCUGAGCCUGCGGCUGCCCGACUGGCCGCUGCCAGCCGUGGGGGCUCCUUGGAGCCAGCUGGUUGCCUCCAUCUUCCAGUACGUAUCUCAAAUCCCAUGGUCCCGCCACAGCCAGCCACUCCUUAUGUCCCAGUUGGAGAACCUUUUGGAGAGGCUGCGUCAGGACUGUGUGGGCCGAGGUGGGGGGCCGGACAAGGAGCCCACUUUCUGGGAGGUGCCCUGGGACGAAAUUGUCAUGCUCUGUGUAGAGCACCAACUCCGGGACUGGAACCCUCCUGGGUGCCCCGUGAGUGAAGAUGUCAUCAGUGACGACGGAGAAAUCUCGGUGUAUUUCCUGAGCGAUGGGCUGCAGGGCUUCAUACCGCCGUCCUGCUGGGUGGAUGCCGUAAAGCAGACGCACAGGGACAAGCAGCAGGGGAAGGCAGGGUGUCACCAGAGCAUGUGGCCUCAUCCUCGACUGGCCAGGCCACGUCUUCAACAGAAGCUGUUUCACAGCAUGGUUGAGGACCCUGAGUCCGGAUCCGGUGUUGCCCCUGUUUUGGAUGCUGCCUCCAGCCCCCAGGACCUCCUGGCUCGCAUUGAGGAGGAGAAAGAACAGAGCCGCAGGUUCGAGGACCAGCUGCGUACCUGGCUUGACGUCGAGUCCCUGGGCCCUUCCUCUUCCUCCUCACCACUUUUCUUGCCUUCUUCGUUACUGUCUGUACCGGAGAUCGUAGUGCCCUCCCCAAAGAUGGCUGCCCCACCUGCACUUGCCCUGGUAUUGACCCUGUGCCUACACAGGUGCUCACAUUUUAAGACCCCAAGUACCCUGUGCUCAUCAGUUGAGACUGUUUCUGUGCCCAUUUUUGUAGCAGAAGGAGCGCAGUGUCCGCAGUGACCAGGCCAGGGGAGCUGCCAGUUUGUAUAUUUCCGCAGAUGUGACACAGGCGCGGAUAUAAUCUCCCAGGCCGAAGGACGCCGAAAUCUACCGCGCUGUAAGAACUCUGUUUCGACUUUUGAAGGCCAUAUUUUUGGGCUUUUUACACAAUGAAUCCGUCUGGGCUUUUCGGCAGAACACAAGGCGGAGCGUUUCAGUCUCCGCGCGCCCCGACCUCGGGGCUCUUUUCCUUCGGCCAGCAGAACGCCCCUUUCGUGCAGCCGCCUGCCCUCGGCCAGGGCACCGGCCAGACCUCGCUCUUCAGUACAUCGUCUGCCUUCGGCCAGACCGGAUCCCUUUUCGGGCAGCCUGGCGGGACGGCGUCUGGACAGGCCCCGACCUUCGGCAUGCCCGGUUCUGGGAGUCAGACCCCGUCGUUUGUACAGAGCGACACCAGGUUCGGCCCGCCGCCCUCCUUCGGGCAGCCGGCCGGGGUCGGUCAGAGCUCUGUCUUUAACCAGAACUCGGCUUUUCCCCAGACCUCUGCCUUCGGACAGACCGGCGGAUUUGCUCAGCACACACCCGGCUUCGGCGGCUCUAACGCUAUCUCCGCCUCCUCUGUUCCCCCCUCCUCGGGGUCUAGUCAACCACUGAGAUUCGGACAGUUGUCCACAGGGUCUUCUUCGGUAUUCUCCCCUGGAAGCGUUCAGGGCCGCGGAUUUAGCACCUCAGAGUUCAGCUUCAAGCCGUCAGACGCAGCUGUGUUCAAACCUAUUUAUAGCGCCAGUCCUGAACCGGCUGUGUCCCAGGCUGUGUCCGAGUCUUUUGGUUCCAGCCCAUCCAGCACCACCGCUACCAGUAUGGACAGCAGUGGGCCUGCUCCUGCUGCCUCUGAGUUCCUUUCUGGAGCAUUAGGUUUUAGCUUCUCACAGCCCAUCGCAGUGUCCAGCAGCAUCCUCCCCACCAAAGAUGCACAUCCCAGCACCACCCAGGAGUUCAGCUUCUCGAAACCAGCAGCACCCUCCGUUGGUGCUGGCAGUGGCCUGGGUGGGGGGACCUCCCAGGCCGCCUCUGUCUCCAGGUACUCUGCCUCUAGCCUCCAUGAGCCCCGGCCACUGUUUGGUGCUGUCAGCUUUGGUCCG